AUGUCAAAGUAUGAUCAUCGGAUGGGACGAGGGGGGUAUACAACCCUUAGGAGGAAGUUGAUUGAAGAGAAUGUGAUUUCGAAGGAGGAAAUUCCCCCAAGGUCAAUGGAACAUGAGAAGCAGAUAAAAGAAGGACAAGUAAAUUUUGAACCAGUAACGGAUGCCACGACCUUAGUUCUUGGCAAGGAAAAGGGAAGAUUUUUAAAGGGUGUCGGCACUGGAGUCACUUACAACAGAUAUUUUAAAGUUCCCCGCAGCAAAGGGUCAUCUAAGGAAGAAAUUAAAGAUCUUAAAGUUGCACUACAUAAUGGAAAACUUGAGCUUGAGAAAAAAGAUGUUGAACACAAGGCUUUGUCUACAAAGGUUAUUUCAAAACCCAACAAAAAACCUAUUCAAACAAAAUCUGUAACUACAACACCGGAUGCAAAAUUGAUAUCCAUGAAAUCUGCAACAGCAAAUACAAAAACCACCAACAAAACUGUUAAGUCUAAGACUACCACUAUCAAUCAUGACAUACCAAAAGUUUCACCAAAUAAUCCCAUUCACCAGCCAAUCAAGUGUAGUCUAUCAUAUCCGUAUAAAAGGAACAUCGUUUCCCUCCGUACCAUUCACUUAUCAUCAGAAAGACAAUUAAUUCAUGGAGUUCCUCUACAAGAUGAUUGCUAUAAAGUUUCCAUUGAUGAAGUAGUUGUAAAAACUGCAUUUCUACCACAUCAAACUGGAGAAUUAAAAUUAGUUGAGGAUGCAUAUAAAAGUUUUGCUCCAUGGCCAAAAUACCUUGUGCAAACCGAGUCAGAGGUUUGUUUCAAUAUGUCCAAUACUUUUUGCAUUAAACUUUAUUUUCUUCAUACAGUACUAUACUAA